UCUAGUAUUUUCAUCUUUCUUUUUUCUCUUCUCUGAUCAAUCAAGAUGGUUACUGCACGACAAAUCGAUCACAUUCGUACUGGAGUCGGGUUCGCAGGUAACGUCAUAUCUUUCGGUUUAUUUCUUUCGCCUGCACCUACGUUUUAUGAAAUUAUCAAAAAAGGAGCAGUAGAGGACUUUUCUCCAAAUCCUUAUUUAGCUACAAUUCUGAAUUGUGUACUAUGGGUCUACUAUGGAUUACCUUUUGUUCAUCCACAUGAUACUCUUGUCGUUACAAUUAACGGCGUUGGUAUUGGGAUUGAACUGAUCUACGUUUGCAUAUUCUUGAUCUAUGCAACCAAGAAAGGAAGACGUUAUGUGAUGUUGGUGUUUGCUGGUGAAGCUGUUUUUUAUGCUGCGGUAGUACUGCUUCUUACUCUAGAACCACGUUGUAUUGCAAACAGACCCAAGAUAAUCGGUAUAUUGUGUGACAUCUUCAACAUAUUGAUGUAUGCUAUGCCGCUCGACAAUCUGUAUCAGGUUUGCAAAUCAAAGAGCAGCCAGUAUAUGCCCAAGUGGCUUCUUCUUUUUAAUGCUCUCAACGGUGGCUGUUGGUUGGCUUUUGCACUUCUCCGUUAUGAUAUCUAUCUAUUGGUAAGUAACGGGUCGGGAUUUGUUUUUGGUUUAAUCCAAAUCGGAGUAUGGUGGUGGUUUAGAAACGGCCCAAAGAAAGAGGACCAGAUUGAUGAUGAGGCCGUGAAAGCAAAAGAACUCGCUAUGGUCUAAUUGCUGCCGAUGCAAAGUUUUGAAGUAGUACAAGAUUCAGCAAUAGUUUUGAGCUUUUAGCAAUCGAUAUAUUUUAUAUUUUAGGAGUUUGUUUUUCUUCUUUAGUUUUUAGUUAUUUUAGUUUU